GUUCUGUGGUCUUUGUUGACUUUUGAGUGAGUUUGACUUUGACAUCUGGAUGUCAAUAUUUGAAAAGUCACAAAACAGAAAGAUAACCUUAAAAUUUAGACAUAAAUACUUUCAUAUUUCCAUUGAAUAUAUAUUUCUUAUAAUUCGUUGGAUUGUUUCACUUUAAAUGAAAGUAAAACUUUAGAAUAAUGGGUAGCCGAGGCCGUGGCAGGGGAGGGGGACUCUCAUUUACACAUGAACAACUUCAAUCUUUUGGUAUAAAUCGAGGUGAAAAUACUGCAACAACUCUCGCUCCGCCACCAUUAUUUCCGAAACUUGAAGCGAAACCUUUGCCUCUCAACUGUGAUGCGGCGACUGAUUAUAUGGUGAUUGUAAAGGAUCAAUUUAUAGAGUAUUUACAUGAGUCGCCGGCGUAUGUUAAACCGAAUACACGUACAGAUGGUAUAGAACGUUAUUCGGAUAAAUAUAAGCAAUUGGCACUGGAUGCUAAGCGAGGUAAAGUACUGGAUUGUGUUUGGGAAAACAUGCCGGCGGAGUUAAGACCGCAAGCGAACAGAAUUCGAAUCACAUCACGAAAGCGUAAACUGGACGAUGCAAAUGUAUUGAGUAAAAAACUUCAAACUCUUGAAAAGAAAGAGACUUUGGAUGAAAACAAUGCGACAGAAAAUAAGGAUGAGAAUACUGUCAAAAAAGAGAAUGAGAAUGAAGAUGACGAAGAGUUGGAGGACGAAGAGGAGCAGGAAUAUGAAAUUGAUGAAGGCACAGACUAUGCCAACAAUUACUUUGACAACGGAGAAGAUUAUGAUGAGGAAGAUGACAAUCUUGAUGAUGGGCCUGUUUAUUAAUAAUGCAGUGG